UCAUCAGUUAUUAUACCUAUAUACUGCCAUGGCCCGCUGCUGGACGCGGUGCAGAUGGCCGGCCUCUACAACGACUCCAAGACCUUCGUGGACAUGAAGAUCAAGGUCUCCGCCAACAUCACCAUGGAACACUUCCAGGAGAUGAUGAACAAGACAGGUUCGCGGCCGACCAAAGCGGACAUCAUGGAGUUCGUCAUCCAGAACUUCGAUCCUGAGGGCUCGGAGUUCGAGAAGUGGAUCCCGCCUGACUGGCAUGAUGACCCUGCAUUCCUGAAGCUGAUCAAAGACCCUCAACUCAUGGACUGGGGGAGAGAACUGCAUCAGCUCUGGCUGCAGCUGGGCCGGAAGAUGAAGCAGGACGUCAAGGAGAACCAGGACCUGUACUCAAUCAUCUACGUGGACCACCCUGUGAUAGUACCUGGCGGCAGGUUCCGCGAGUUCUACUACUGGGAUUCCUACUGGAUAAUCAAGGGUCUGCUGCUGUCAGAAAUGAGGUCCACAGCCAGAGGAAUGAUCUCCAACUUUCUGGACAUCGUGGAUAGAAUCGGGUUCAUUCCUAAUGGCGGCAGAAUAUAUUAUGUUAUGAGAUCUCAACCGCCACUCCUGAUCCCGAUGGUCCAGCUAGUGAUGCAGGAGUCUUAUGACGAGGAGUACCUCCGGCAGCACAUCCACACCAUGGACAAGGAGUUCGAUUUCUGGAUGACCAACCACACUGUGGAGGUCGAACAUAAGAACCACAAAUAUAAGUUAUUACGGUAUAAUGACAUGUCACAAGGACCAAGGCCAGAGAGUUACAAGGAAGACAUCGAUGUGGCCAGAAACCUGGAUACCCUGGACAAAAAGGAAGAGUUGUACGCAGAGCUAAAGGCGGCUGCUGAAUCUGGCUGGGACUUCUCAUCGCGGUGGUUCAUCCUCAACGGAACCAAUAAAGGCAACCUCACGAACCUCAAAACACGCUCCAUCAUCCCGGUGGACCUCAACGCCAUCAUGUGCUGGAACGCUGACAUCAUGCACGGCUUCUACGCGAAACUCGGCAAUGUUGACAAGGCGGAGUAUUACAAGAAUGUGCAUGCGAGGCUCAUGGAAGCCAUUGAUAAGGUCCUUUGGCACGAAGACGUCGGCGUAUGGCUAGACUUCAACCUGGAGUCCGGUCGGCGAAGAGACUACUUUUACCCGUCCAAUGUCGCCCCGCUUUGGACCGGCAGCUAUGACCGAGCGAGAAGUGAAUACUAUGUUAAUAGAGUCAUCAAUUAUCUAGAUAUUAGCAAGGUGGACAUCUACGAGGGCGGCAUCCCCACCACGUUCGAGCACUCGGGCGAGCAGUGGGACUACCCGAACGCGUGGCCGCCGCUGCAGUACAUGGUGGUGGAGGGGCUGGCGGGCUGCGGACACGCGGCCGCCACCAGGCUCGCCAGCGAGAUGGCCACCAAGUGGGUGCGCUCCAACUUCGCUGUCUGGAAACAGAAGACGGCUAUGUUGGAAAAGUACGACGCGACAGUUUUUGGAGGCUACGGCGGCGGCGGGGAGUACGAACUUCAGACCGGGUUCGGUUGGACGAACGGAGUUAUCAUGUCACUGCUCACUAAAUAUGGAGCUGGUGAUUUAGACACGAUAUCGGCGUCGGACGCGUUCGGCACCGGCGGCGGCGCCGAGUCGGCGGCCGUGGCGGCGCACGUCGGCGCGGGCGGCGUGGCCACGGCGCUGCUGGUCGUGGCGGCGUCGCUAGCUGCGGGGACGUUAGGAAUAAUGAUGUACCGAAAGCGUCGAGAGUACCAACCGCUGUCGACUAUCGGAGAAAACGUGAAAUUCCUGUCUCGGCCCUACACGGAGCUGCGCAGUAUGAACGGCACCAAGACUAGACUACGGUGAAUCUUGUAUAUAGUAUCUAUCGGCAAUGAUAUUAUGGACCACCCCACACUAGCGUCAGCGUCUAGUCAAUUCUAUGGCUGCUGCUCGACGCAACGUUGGCGCAACUGCGCAGCGACGCCAUUUUAUAUAGCGCUGACUACACGCCGACGCUAAGACGCUAGUGUGGGGCGGCUCUAUAACUCCAUGGGGUCCGAGGACAGUCGUACGCAGAAAACGAAACGAAACACUAUUUCCAUACAUUAUUUACAUUUAUCUUAGCGUUUUCUGCAUACGAUUGUCGUCUUAGCCAGGCCCACAGAUAGGUUAUAGGCCGAAAUUUAAUGUACAAAAUGUACAGUUGCUCUUUAGUAGCGAAAUACAAGCGAGAAAUGUACACGUGCUAACGAGCUCCCGCACACCGAAAGAGAAAGAGACAAGCUUACGUUCGAGUUUAACAAAGAAUGGUAUGCGAAAAUUAAUCAUGAAAAACAGAUUCAUUCGUAAUGGAAUAAAUUAUGGAAGUAUUUUUUGUGCUCCUUAUGUAUGAGUAUAACCUAUAGUUAUAUAAUAUCGUUUUCUGUGACGGGUGAUCGGUGAUCACGUGAUGCUUUGAAAACUGAAGUGUCAGACGCUUCGGCCCGGACCCGGACCGUUCUAGCGUGAGUCAUCUCGGUAGAUCUCUUGGUGUAAGUCCCCCAAUAGUUAAUACAGCACCCGGGUAUAAAAUUAUAUUGCACAUCGGUUUUUGGAAAAAGACAAUUUACUGUUUACGAUGAUUUCCGAACAUGUGUUCGGCCGCAUAAGCUGAAGACGCCAGUUCGAUUCCGGCCUCGGCCACCGGUGGUGUUAGUCACUCUUUCUUUAGUGUAUGACAGUGUAUGACAGUGUAUGACAUCUAUUUCAGUGUAUGACAUCUCUUUCCAAAGACCGAUGUGCUAUUACUGGGUACUGUGCAUACAUUAUUGGCUUUUGGAAAUGGUUUUUGCUUCAUAAACUUCAGGAAAGGACAAUAUUUUCUAAAUACAAUGAUGGCAUAAUAGUAAAAUAAUUAUAAUAGUCGUAAUUUGUCGUAUCACCUCGUUUUGAGAGCACUCCCCUGACUGCCGCAGCCAGUAUCGGAAUCCUCGGCGUCGACAUUUCGAGUGAAGUCCAGUUCCGCGGCCAUUUAGAGGGUAAGGCCAAAUUAGCCUCAAAAAAGCUCGGUGUGCUCAACAGAUCGAGACAGUAUUUCACGCCGGCCCACCGCCUACAGCUGUAUAAAGCGCAGGUUCGCCCACACAUGGAAUACUGUUCUCAUCUAUGGGCAGGGGCACCCCAAUACCAGCUUCUCCCUCUGGACCGCAUCCAGCGAAGAGCGACUCGAAUUGUCGACUGCCAGCGUACUUCGGAACGGCUUGACUCCUUGGCGCUGCGUAGAGAUGUGGCCUCGCUCUGCAUUUUCUAUCGCGUGUAUAACGGGGAGUGCUCCGAGGAAUUGUUCGGAUUAAUCCCUGCAGCUUCUUUUCGCCAUCGCCCUACGCGAAAACAUUACCAUCCUCACCACUUAGAUGGUUGGCAGUCCUCAACUGUGCGUUUCUCUAGAAACUUCCUGCCUCGCACAGCUAAACUGUGGAAUGAACUGUCGCCUGCGGUAUUUCCGGACCGAUAUGACCUUCAAACCUUCAAGAAAAGAGCGUAUUCCCAUCUUAAAGGCCGGCAACGCACUUACAACCCCUCUGGUGUUGCGGGUGUCCAUGGGCGGCGGUAAUCGCUUUCCAUCAGGUGAUCCGUCUGCUCGUUUGCCUCCUAUUUCAUAAAAAAAAAAAAAAAAAAAAAAAAAAAUAGAUCAACCAAAAAGACCGAUGACUUUGUGUCAUAUCUUCGAUAAGUUAAUAUUAGAAGAGGUACCACUUUACACUUCUUCUGCAAUCAAUACAUCUUUACUGUCACUAAAGAGUUAUUGAUUGAACUGAAUCAAUUCGAAUAACAUUUCGAUCAGUGUAAACUCAGUGAGCAAAGUGACCAAUCUCGAAAAUUUAAUUUUACUAACAGUCUAAAAAUAUGGGUGCACUCAUCCAUCUUAUCAUAAUCAAAAAUAUGUCCCAUAGCUCUUAUGUCAGCGAAUUAAGAACUAUGGGACAUAUUUUUGAGUAGGUAAGUACUCCCAUAAUUUUACACUUGACUGUACAAAAGUCGAAAUUGUUAACAAAUUAAUUAUAGAUGAAACUAGAAACAAACGUUGGAUAUUUAGAUAAUGGAGUCUGUAAAAUAUCAGUUCUUCAAGUGCUGUGAAUGAUUUAAACCUUGUAUAUAUAGAUUUAAGUGCUAAUAUCCUUUAACAUGUACAAUUUAACCGUCUCAGUUUUAUUAUGUUUAAUUAUUUAAUUCUCUGGUCUUUAUAAUUAUAUUAAUCGAAGCUCAAACUUGUUUAAAGCAAUAUUUUGUAUACUUUAUGUGAAUGAAGUUUUGAAAUCACGUUUUUAUUCAAGUAGUGUUUGUGUUUUAUUUUUUCGGCGAUUUUAACAAGAAUAUGCCUACAUUUUAUUUUAGGGUAACCCCACACUAGCGUCUUCCGAGCGUCUGCGUCUAGUUAACUCUAUGGCUGCUGCUCGACGCAACGUUGGCGUAACUGCGCAGCGACGCCAUUUUUCAUAGCGCUGACUACACGCCGACGCUCAAAAGACGCUAGUGUGGGGAAUUUCUCGGAGCUAUUUAUGUAGUUGUAUGAUUUGAUUAAAUUGCUUAAUCAUUAAAAUACUGAUUUAAAUGCUCAUUAUGAAAGUGAAACUCUUUAAACCAUGUCUUACUAAUUUAUUUGAGAUUUAAUUCAUUUUAUCAUGGACAGAAUUUGUACUAGAUCUAAAUAUUUAUGGUUCUUCUAUUUGUUUUAUAAAUUGUAGUUUAUCAGUAAAUAUUUGACUUCAUUUGACACUUUAUUCAAAAUAUCUCAAAGAACAAGCCAAAUUUAGACCAAUUUUGUCACAUAAGGUCUCAUCUCGUAGGAUAAGAUGAACACAGGGGCAAGAAGAACAUCCGUAUGGGAAUGUCUCUUAAUCUUCUGUAAUAUUGCUCCAAAAUAAAUUGUUUAUAUCUCAACCUGACCUUAAUGAACCAGCAAUUCCACGACUAUGUGUAGUGUAACUGUAACCGUUUUUAUUUCACUAACUUUUAAUACACACUUAAGGUACUUGCACCUAAGAUGGCCCAUCGUUAUUUUUAUUAUGUUUAAUUGGAAUUUACAGUUUUGUUUAUGGUACUAGCGAACAUGGACGCAAUAUUUAAACCCAUUUACACUUAUACAUGUAUGACAUUGAAAGUAGGUUAGGUGCAAGUAUCUUAUACAAUACUGUGUUUAAUUAUUUGUGACAUAAUCUAGAACAAAGUCCAUACGUGAAACAGAUAGGUAUUAAAUUUACUUUUAUGUAUUUAGGUAUUCAUUUCGAGUAUUAUUAGGUAUACUAGUUGUUAUUAUAGCUUUAAGUAGACAAUUUUGUUUUCAGUUCGCUGUAAAUAGUGUUGAAUGUUAUUUUGCAUUUAUAGAAUAUGUGAUUUCAAAACGUCAUAUGUUUCAUCUUCUAGGCGCUUAUAGAUGUUUCAAAGUAGUUUGGUGAACACAAAUAAUAAAUUAAUUCCUAAGGGCCACGCCACCCCACACUAGCGUCUUCCAAGCGUCUGCGUAUAGUCAACUCUAUAGCUGCUGCUCGACGCAACUGCGCAGCGACGCCAUUUUGCAUAGCGCUGACUACACGCCGGCGCUCAAAAGAAGCUAGUGUGUAGUGGCCCUAACUGUCUAGGUUAUCUUAUAUUUGGAUGGCAUUAUGGACCUAUAACCUAAAAUUAUUGGGUUAUAUACAUAAAACCAUGUGAAAAAUGAGCUUAAAUUAUUUGAACUGCGGUGCUGGCACCGAAGUAGUGUAAGUUUAAAAUGUUGUUUUUUCGAUCUGUUAUGUGUAUUUGAGAAAAGUAUAUUCAUGACAUGUAACCUUAUUCCUAGGUAGAUUAUUUUAACGAAUAACACUGUUUAUUUAUAAAGGAUCAAGUGACGCGAUUGAUUAUUAAACAGAAAAAUUGCCUACAUUUUUCAACUCCCAAUUAAUAAUUAUUACGCCAAUUUGAACUAUAAGUACAUUUUGAUAUCAAAAUCAUGUCAUUACGUAUCAUUCGCAGGAACAUUUCGUACGUACUUUUUCGUACAUGUAUUGACGCGAGCGAGACGCGCGGGCGAAUGAUAAAAAAAAAAUCCAUCAUUUAGAUAUCGAAAUGUGCAGUCAGCUGCAGAGAUAGUUAAACCCCCUGCAGAUAAGUGUCUGGGAGGGUCAUUAAUCUGCAGCUGACUACGUAGCUGCACAUUGAAAUUGGCCUCCAGUUUAAAAUAUUCAAUUUUCACGUAAUUUGCCGUAAUAAACAUUGACUAUGACUAGGUACCUUAAUGAACUGCCUAACAGGUAAAAUUAUUUAUUUUAGAUACAAAAUAGACAUUUUAUUUUGUUAAGAAUAUACCGUGUGACAUCCCAAGUGGUAACUCAGUGACGCAAGUAUAUUUUUACGUACAGUUUUGACUGGACUUUAGUCCUUAUAUUUAAAUAAUCAAUUUAAUUAUUUUAUUAAGACGUCUCUGUAACCCUAUCAUCCCACAUGUGAUAUUUUAGUUUAAUUAUAUGUAUGAUAUGGUUUAUUAUAGCCAUUUUGUUCCUAGAUCGUUUUAGAUGAUUUUAUUCUCAGUUGUUGUUUUUCAUAUAAUUCAUAUUUGUGGGUUUCUAUGUUUUACUAUAGAGCGCAGCCAAGAUAUGCGAACGCUCUGUAUGUUAGGUAUUAGCAUGAAUUUUGACAAAUAAAUAAGAAAUUUUUAAUUAAUUUAA